AUGAUGAGACCUCUUCGGCUGCUUCUUGCGCUCUCCAGUUGGGCAGUGGUCCUGGCUGCUUCUUCUUCUAACGGCGGUAGCAGCAUCGAUGGCGCGAGUGCUAGCAGCCUGUCUGCUGCCUUUUCCUCUGGAUUGGCCAGUCAGCUCUCCAAGGAGUUUGUUCAGAGCGCUGUGGAUAAGGAAAUCCGCAAGAUGCUUGUGAAUUGGCAUGCGGAAGCCAACAGUACCGAAGGAUUGGAAAGACGGCGUUUGGCGCUGGAAGAACAGGAAGCCAUGUUUGCCCCCGGUCCCAAUCAAAUGUCCCUCCGCCGAUUGCUCGAGGAGAAGGGAGAGUGGGACGAAGUCAAUCUGAUUCUCUCAAGCUUGGAAAUCACCAUCCCAGAUACCGAGAUCAUCCAGCCAGUGUUGGGAUUCGAUUUGUACGCGCGGGUCAAUGGAACCUGUGGCCAGAUCGCCAUUGAAGACAUUAAACUGGACUACGAAAAGGGCCCCUCAACGAAUCUGGCGGAUGUUACGCUUGCCUACAAGUUCCAGGUGCUCGGAGCCAAACUCAAGUGCUUCAUUGAAAUAGAUUGGAACACGGGGGUCUUGGAUGUGAGUGAUCACAUCAAGAUGAGGCUCGUGCUCAACGACAACAGUAUUGGAGUUGCCGCCGAGGCUAUUGGUGCUCCUCCUACGUCAUUCCAGUUCAUAGGUUGUAAGACCGUUGCCUCUAUUGGAGACGUCCAGUCCACCGGAGGAUUCUCGUCAAACAUUAUCAAUGAUUUGAACUACCUUCUCAUUGAUCUCGUCCGGACCGAAGUCAGUCUCAUCUCUGGGACCGCCUGCGGCUUGAUCACGGACUUUACGGAGACCAUCAACGAACUCUUGGUCGACCUUGUGUCGCUGCUGGAUCCUUUCCUUGUCAACUUCACUGCCGUGGACCCUCUGUACUUGGAGAAGAACUUGGAUGUCGAUGUGCCGUUGGUGAACUUUAUGGAUGAUGAAGGUUUUGGAAAUGUUAUCAAUGUUCUCAUUACAAACAUUGCCACAGUUAUUGGAGCCGACCAGAUCAACGCCCUCGUAGACGGUGCUCUUCUCGACGACGAUGGUUUCUUGGUUCUAGAGCUUGGAACGGUCCCUGACGACUUCAACCAGUCCGCCACCCACCGUGCAUUGCAGGGCAACGAGACCACCAGUGUUAGCAUGACUGAGGAGGAAGAACGGGAUUGUUUCCAGGAAGCUUUUGACCUGGUCGAUCUUCCUCUCCGUCGGCAACGUGGACGUCGCUUGGAGGACGCUUUCAACGAGUACCUGACGAAUGACUACAUCAAGUCUAGCCCUCGUCGUUUGCAGUUCGAUGGUAUCUUGGACAACAUCACUCUGGACGACAUUAUUAACACUACCGAUAUCUUUGUGAUCAACGAAAUCACACCCCUCAAGAUCUCUUUGGUUGGAUUGAACAACUUUUCCGAUGCUGCGCCUCUCCAAGUGAUUGGAAAGCACACGUUCUUGUCAGAGCUGGAGCUGGCCUAUCUUUACGUGCAGGCGGACGUCUUUGUCGACAUCUCAGUGAACAGUGUCCCCAUUCGUCAAGUCGUUACAUUGGGAGCUGAUCUUGGUAACGUGUUCAUUAAUGCAUCCAUCCUUGUUGGCCUGAAUGAAUUGGUGGUCGACCAGUGGACAAUUGGAACGUUCCUCAACAUUUCAGGGAUUACAGAUUGCAUCCUCUCGGCGUUGGUGACUGCCGGAGUUUCACAGCUGGAAGUGACGGUGGGAGAAAUUGGAACCCCGGUUGUUACCGGAGUAAUUUCCGACGGGGUGAAUGACCUCCUUAAUACUGGAGCCGAAGGUAUUGCUUGUACCUACCAAGAUCUGAUCCUUCAAGCUAUCCCUGGCUUUGUCCAGCAAAAUGUCACUCAGAUCGUCAACACGUUCAUUGACUGCUUCAUUGAAACUGAAGCGUCGGAAGCUGUCUGUGCGGAAUCGAGUCUUGAAGACAUCCUUGGAGGUGGUGGAGACACGGGCGAAGGGGAUGGAGAUGGAGGCUUUGACUUCGACUUUAGAAGUGCCGUGUAUCUUGUGGACAAUGUCAAGGAUGAAAAAGUUCAAGGCUAUCUUGAUUUCCGCGACUUGCUGCUCUUACCUGGGGAUGCGAAAGCGCUCGGAGGUACCGGUCGGAUGCCGUACGGUGACCUGAUUCAUACCGCCUAUAACACCCUUCUGGGACAAGUGGGAGGUGUAGACAACGAGACUGGAAUGCUCGCGAUCAACGAUCUCCUUCCAGAGGCAUUUGCGCUCGGAAUGGAUCUUCUCGAUGUAUCACUUGACACUUCUGAGAUCGAUUUUGUGGGUUCGAUUUUGGAGGGCGUUGAUAUUGGUUUGUACAACCUCUUUGCUGGUAACCUGAACACCCUGAUGCCGCCUCUGUCCUUUUUGCAACCCACCGGAAGGGCCCAUGUUCUUUCGAACGUAUUCAACUGGGGCCCAACUCCAAAACGUGGAAUCAACGCGAGCGUGACGUUGUUCAAUGCUUUGCAUGGAUCCCGGUCGAUUGAAGUGAGCAACGAGGUCAACACCGCCGCCAAAAUGAACGAAUUGGAUGUUAUGGCGGACUUUCAAAUUUUGAUUUCGACGAUGGACUUCAUUCGUUUCCCCUUGAGGGACGUUCUGGAGCUCAACUGCUGGCUGGCCUUGAUGCAAGAACCCGAAGAAAACGACGCCGGUUUGGAGAACUCUUUCGUGAUUACAAGAAUGGUGCUGGACAUGAUGGACCUAUCCGUCAACUUCAAGUGCCUCAAUUGUACAAGCAAAGUGUUACCCGGUGUUGUGCAGGUCUUGGAUGAUGCCGGUGCCAUGGCUGUUCUGGGAAGGAGACUUGGCCCCUUAAUGGAGGAAAUCGUCACCAAUCCCUCUGUGCCGCCUCUCAUUGCUUCUUUCCUUGGACCGGGUGAGACGGCUGCGCGAAAGUGCCCUCAUUCUCCUUUGUUCAAUACAACCAGUAACGAGACGGAAGCUGCGGCGGCCAUUGAAAUCCCGCAGUUGUCAAACCGUUCGUUGGACACGGCUAUCUUUGCUGGCAUUCUCGGUGCCCAAGCAUUGGCAGUUGUCUUCGCAGAGAGUCACGUGAAGGCUUCUGAGAAUUACACUAUGUCGGAUCCUCUGGCUCGCCAAGAUAGUUUCAAUACGACGGGAGAUCUAAAUCUGUUGGAUUGGUAUCGUCUGAACGAAACGUUCAUUCCGAUCGUUGGGGAUGCUCUUGAUCUGGUGAGAGAGUUCACAGGAAACUCUUCGGGAGGCAACCCAGGAAUCAACGAUCUCGCCUCAGGUUUCCUUGCAGAGGAUGGCGGCUUCAAUUUGUCACUGGGUCUUUCAUUUGAAUUGCAAGGCUAUGAGAUUUCGGUAGACCAUAUCAAGGUUUACGGUCUCGAUUCUUUUACAACUUUUGAUAUUCUGGAACCGAUCGCACCACAAACCAUGAAGAACACGAUUGGCAUGGGCAAUCUCACCGUGAUCAUCGACUUCUCCCUUGAUGCGGUCAACACCACAGACCCUCCCCAACCAUACAGGAUUACCGUCGAUGUUGAAGAUGUCAAUGCCACCAUAUACCUGUUCACUGCGAUUGAUAUGGACAAAGUGGAGGCGCUCGAGAUUGGCCAACUGUUGUUCAUUGAGAACAUCAUCCCCUGCUUCUUGGGCACGGCGUAUGAUGUGAACGUUCCUGCUUUGUAUGUAUCUGUUGGGAACAUUUCCAACCCCGUGGUGGAAGGGUUAGAGCCCGAUACAAGCGAAGCCGCUGCUGCAUCACUGGAAGCAAUGUUUGACGAGUACUCCGACCUUUUUGUUGAGGCAAUCAACUCCAUUUUUGAUGAGACUGUCCGCACUCUGAUCAACGACUUCAUCGCAUCAUUCGUUGAGGAUGCGGGAUCUUGCUUGACCACCGACGAAAUCAUCGUAGACACAGGCACAGACUUGAUUGACUUCCGCGAUCUCUUCCUGCCUCCUGAAGCCUCUGUGAUGCUUGGUGGUUCCGGCUUGCAGCCGUACGGCGAUGUUGUCUCCACCGCAUACUCGCUUGUCUUGGACCAGCUUGUUGCGAGCGAAGAAGGGGAGUUGUUGGGACUGAACUCAUUUAUUGAGUCUUUCACAGAAGGCAGUUCAGGCGUCCCUGGAACGUUUCGACUGGAGGAUGAGCUCUUCGGCUUCGUCAGCGACGGUCCGUUGCCUGUUGAUUUGCUUUCCUUUCUGAACCAAAGCGUCGCACUUGGCGCUUUCGACGCGCGGAUCAGAAAUCUGAAUACUCUUGUGAGCCCAAUGGCGAUUGCGUACCCUACGAAGCAUCCUCACAUCAUCGAAAACGUGAUUAAUUUGGGGCCUGUGGCCGAGAUGCCUUUCAAUGCUACCUUGGGCGUCCUCCUAGCUCUCCAAGGUGACUUGAACUCGUUGGACAUGUACAACAUGUUUGAUCUCAGUGGGGAGAUGAGCGAAAUUGACUUGUUGGCUGCUGUCACGCUGCACAUACUGGAAGAAAACCUGUUCCGUUUCCCGCUCAGAGACGUGCUAGAGAUAAACUGCUGGCUGUCUUUGUUUGAGACUGCCAACUCAACAGAGCUUGACGCUGGCAAGGGUGGAUUCAAGAUCGAUUCGAUGUUGUCGAAGUUUGCGUCGCUUUCUAUUGGUGCCGACUGUCUGAACUGUACCAGCCGCGUUCUAGAUGACGUGAUUGCGCUCGUCGAUUCUGUUGGUGCUUCUGAAACCUUUGGAAACAGGCUGGGCUUCUUGAUUGAAGACUUCGCCACCAGCGACGCAGUGCCCGAAAUUCUCGGACAGUUCGUUGAUUUGGGAAAUGAAGCGGGACGCGCAUGUCCUCACCACCCAUUAUUCAACACCAGCUCUAACGCUGUUGCCGAUGGCGACCUCUUGAGCUCCUUGGAUAUUCGAGACCUGUCCAGAGUCUCGUUGGACACAGUCCUGUAUGCUGCGAUUGUUUUUGCUGAAAUCAGUGCAGUGAUUGGCGCAGACAACCACUUGCAGCACCCUUCGAAGCCGACGGACCCCCUUGCUGCCCAAGCUGCUCUUGAUGUGCCCGAAGGUGCAAAGCUCCUGGACUUCACCAAUCUGGAAGAAUCUGGUAUCCCCUUCGCGGCAGAAGCACUUGAUUUGGUGAGGAGCUUCCUGGGCGACACGGAAAGUGGGGGGCAAGACCCGGGGAUAAACUCUUUCAUCGCUGACUUGGUUGACGUCGGUGGAGUAUUCGAACUUCCUCUUGAUGGACUGGCGUUCGAGUUUGCUGGUUUGGAGCUAGCGGUCAAAGCUAUUCGCGCAGAAGGAUUGGAUAACUUUACCAAGUUUGACAUUCUGAACCCCAUUGCUCCUCAGACUCUAAUGAACACUUUCCAUCUUCCUUGGGUCAGGAUUGGGCUCGACAUCACUAUCGACGUUGUGGAGACACCCGAGGUGGCCAACAACUUGAAUAUGACUUUUGAAAUGACGGAUUUGAAUGUUACUGUUCCGGUGUUUGCUGCUAUUGAUCAAGUACUCCUUGGUGACCUCGAGUUGGGCUCGCUCCUCCACACGUCCAAUAUCUUGACGUGUUUGUUGAGCACCACGUACGGAAUCCAACUACAGCAGCUGCAGAUUGCUGUGAGCAACAUAUCCGAGCCAGUUUUCGAGGGAUUCCUUCCUGAUACCCAAGCUUCGAUUGAAAACACGACAUUUGCGGUUUUCAAGGAGUAUGGGGAUCUGAUCGAAGAAUCCCUGCCAUCCGUCUUUGAUGGCACUGUCCGUAUCCUUGUCAAUGGUGUGAUCAGUGCUCUUGCUGACUCCGAGUGCGUCAAAAUUGACACUGAAAAUAUUACGUCAAGAUACGUUGAUUUCAGACAGAUGUUCCAGCCAGCCAACUCUACGGAGUACAGCCCAUACGGAGAUCUCAUUCCCUUGGCCAAGAGUAUUCUGCAGGAACAGCUCCUCGAUAUAAACCCAGACACACAAAUGCCGAAGAUCAACGACGUCAUAAUCGCUCCCUUCACUGAAGACCAAUCGGGUGUAGAGGGCACUCUGCUGUUGCCGGGCAAGUUGUUCAAUUUUGGGAGUGACGCACUCGGCGACGUGGGAGUAGGAAAUAUUGGGGUUGAAGCUUAUGAUGCUCGAGUAGAGAACCUUGACACUGUUGGUCACCCCAUUCUGAUUUUGGAACCCAACGCGACACGAGGAGAUCUUCUUGACAACAGAGCCAGUUUCGGAACCCAAUUCAACCCACUCCGAUUUUCAAUCAGAGGUGUGUUGUCGGUGUUGGGACCCAUUGUUGAAACGAGAGAUGAAAUAGACAUCUUCGGCGAGCUCCGAUCGGCGCCAAUUUUUGCUGUACUCCUGGCAAGAAUUGGAGCAGAAGAGUUGCUGGGAUUCCCCUUGAGGCACGCAUCAAAUGUUGAUUGCUGGCUUGGGUCUUUUGCUGCCCCGGCCCUUGACGCGCUGGAGGCAGGCGAUACGACUGUCAACCCUGUUCUUGCACCGCACUACCUCAACCUCGCCUUUCGAAACAUGCGAAUCAGUGCCGAGUGCUUCAAUUGUACCACCCGAGGUCUCGUUGUCAUGCCAGACCUGCUUGAAAUUCUUGAGACAACGAACUCGAAGAAUGUGCUGGGCUACAGGAAUGUUGAAUUGCUUCUGAAUAUCCUGAACUCCGACUUUGUCCAGGUUUGGUUGCUACGCUUCUUCCAAGAUUCCAUGCGAAAAUGCGAUUACUUGAAUAACUCCACCGCUGCAGGUCUGGUCGUUCCAAGCCCCGACUUCCCUAAAUUGAGCACCUACGAUAUGGAAACAGGCGUCUUCACUGUUACUGUUAUAAUCCAGUUGGGCCUGGUUAUUAUGGCAGAAACCAUCGCAGAGUUAGAAGGAGUCGAGCCAAUCUUCCCAGACGUGGUCCCUAAUAUUCCUCUUGGAACUCGCAUUGUGGAUUACACAAAAUUGGACUCGUAUGAAAUGGGUUCAUUUGUGGCUGGGCUCAUCUCGUCCAUGAAUGACUACCUUGGAACACCGCAGGAAGACCCUUUGUCAGGAGAAAUAUCAUUGGGAAUCAAUGGUCUCCUUGGAAAUCCCAUUGUACCCUUCAGCGACUUCAGCUUUGACGGCGAGUUCGAUAUCGGCAUCAGUGGAUUGGUAAUCAGGAUGAAGGGUGUAACGGUUUCAGGCCUCGACACUUUCACCAAGUUUAACAUCUUUAACGUGACGGGCCCCACAACAAUGAUAAACGAGUUCGGCUGGGCUCGCCUGCAAGUAGACCUCCAAUUGGAAGUCGAUCUCAGUGGCACACCCGAUUUCGCCGAAGCCCGAUUUCUGCAGGAUAUUCUUGGCGACCGUGCACUCGAGGAGGAAAGUGUCUAUCCAUUUGGUUUGACACUCGAGUUGACAGACGUUUCAGCAGUCGCAGACACCUUCCUGGCCCUGGAUUAUGAGCUGUUGGCUGAGUUGGAGCUUGGAUCAUUCUUGCGUUUUGCAUACAUCCCUAAUUGCAUUCAAGCGGCUAUCCGUCACUUGGAGUUUCAAGCGUUGGGUUUGGAAAUCGGGAAAGUCACGAAGAUGCAGGUCUCAGGGUUCAGGUCAGAGGACACUCGCACCGCAGCCGAAAACCUCGAAGAAACUCUCGUGGAAAAGUACGGCGAAACGAUUGCGAGCAUGGCACCAACUGUUUUCUCUGUGGCAAUCCGUCCAUUCCUGAACACAUUCAUCCAAAGCUACAUCGAGGACAGCGAUUUCAAGUGCGAAGAGUUUCCGUUAGACCCAACUGAUGAUGGUUUCAUCGACAUGCGAGACCUGCUCGAGCUUCCCCCUGAGUCAAUCAAACUGGGAGGAAGUGGCCGACAGCAGUAUGGAGAUAUUAUCCCUCUUGUCUUUUCGUAUUCUACAGCCGUGAUUUCACAAUUUGUCCUUCCUAACUUCGACGAAGGAUUUACUUUCCCGGGAACUUUGUUCAAUCCAGGUAUCCGAUUUGACGUUCGAGGUUUCCAGUCGGUAUUGCUUUUGCGGAUUUCUGACCUCGAAAUCAAAAAUGUGCAUAAUCCUGUGACAUUGCAGUAUACAAGACCAAUAGAGGGAGAGGCACACAGACUUGAAAACAACCUUGCCUGGGGACUUAGCAGGAGUCGUUUACAGAUCAGGUUCAGAGUGUACCUUGCAUUCAAGGGCCUUGGAUCGCAACUUUCCGAAGUUGACAUUGAAAAUGACGCCGAAGUGGUCAUGGAUAUCAGGACUCUACGUUUUCUGUUCACCCUGUUGAUGAAAGUUCGUGAAGAAUCCUUCUUGAGGUUCCCAGUGCGCGAUAUGCUUAAUUUGGAUUGUUGGUUUGCAACUAUUCCUCCGCCGGAGAUCGAUGAGAACGGCAGGAGAGUUCCAGGACAAGAGCCAACGUUGACAGUGGAGGACCUUGCAGUUACCAUGAGAAAUUUGGACAUGCAACUCAACUGUUUCAACUGCACUAGCCCACGCCUUUACGAAUGGGGCGAGGUUCUCCAGCAGCCUGGAGUAUCCGAUGAGCUCACCUUCGAGUUGAAUCGGCUUCUCGAGGAACUAAUUUUCCGGCUAGGCGGAGAUUUCUUGCAGGACACGAUUGAUGCUAUACUUGUUGACGCCCCAAAGAAUUGCCCACACACGGACAACAUCGACCCCGAUGGGCCAUCGUUCGUGUCUGAAGCACAACCGGUGGGUCCGACCGAUGACAUUGGAUACCUCACCUACGUGCUGGCCAUUGUGUGUCCUCUUAUCGUGGCGCUGAUAGUUGUUAUCAGUGUCAGGUUUAUUGUGACCAAGAGACACCAGAGGUGGUUAGACAGUCUUCCCAGUGAGCGCGUUUUCUUGAUCCAACAAAAGCAAGAAAGUGAAGAUCAUUUGGAGUUGGAGCUCAACGAAUUGACAACGUCGAUGUACGAGAGUCCAGAUAUUCCUUGUACAGCUCGGUACCUUAUUCCUUUCAUCGUUAUUGUGAAUGUUGGUUUCUUCUUGAGUGGACAUCUCAGUCCUGGAGGAAGAGCCAUGAUCGAUUUCAACAUGUUCGGAGAGACCUUCAGGAUUGAGGAUUUUUUCACUUUUUCUAUCGCUCAAUCAACGCUUGACAUGUGGCACGCCGGUGGAGAAGAACUUGCAAUCUUGAUCCUUCUCUUUUCAGGCAUUUGGCCAUACACGAAGCAGCUCAUCACGCUUGCGCUCUGGUUCCUACCCCCUUCGGUUGUCUCUGUAUCACGUCGGGGACAGUUUCUGUUGUGGUUGGAUAUUCUGGCCAAAUGGUCAAUGAUAGAUAUCUUUGUGUUGCUGAUCACUGUCACCGGGUUCAGGAUCGGUGGUGUCAGCCCUGUGUGGAGUUUCUUGCCAAAAGAUAUGAUUGUCGUCGACCUUAUUGUUGUUCCACUUUGGGGUCUGUAUGCCAACAUGAUCGCUCAAGUAAUGUCGCAGAUCAGUUCUCAUUUCAUUGUGAUGUACCAUCGAAGAAUGAUCCGCAGCGGAAAGCAAAAAUACAAGGAAAGGCAUGCUCAGAACAAAGACAAGACCGAGGGCGCCGAACAACAAGAUCCCGCAGAAUUGCUCAUUGCUUCCUUGAGUUCGGAGGACCACAGAGAACGACUUUGCAACCAUGGGUUUAUCAGGCUUCACAAAUCGGAAGGGCCCAAGAUUGUCCCGCGUCGUGUUGUCAACGGCUUGCUCCCACUCUCGGCCAUCCUCCUAGCCGGACUUUUGGUGGUCGCUUGUAUCCUGCCCUCUCUGAAACUGGAAGUGUAUGGGGUUAUUGGUUGGGGAGUCGAAUUGGAGAGCAAGUUAUCAGAGGAAGCUGUGAGAUACGAGAGCAUCUUUUCAAUGGCACAGGUGCUGCUUGAUCAAGCCAAGUACCUGGGCGAAUGGACUCACUUCAUCGGGCACAUUGUCCUCGUAGUUCUUUUCAUAACAACGUUGGUGGUUGUUCCCAUCUUGUCGUUGUUGUCCUUGGUCUUCAUGUGGAUCUAUCCAUUGACAAGAGGAGGUCGGGAGAGGGUUGCAGUUCUCCUGGAGAUUCUUCAAGCUUGGCAAUACGUGGAAGUGUAUAUCCUUGGCAUUGUCGUCGAAAGUUGGCAACUUGGCGCUAUAUCAAAGCUCUUCGUGAACCGUUAUUGCGAGAGUAUUAUCCCGACGUUGGAGUUGUUGGCUGGCUAUGGACUCUGGAGCAGAGAAGACGCACAGUGCUUUGAGGUGGCGGCAUCCAUCGCGGAAGGUGCAUAUCUCUUGAUUCCUUUCGUCUGUGGACUGGCAUUGGUUGGUACCUACGUGGUCAAGGCAUACAUCCAAUACCUCCGAGAGAUGCAAGACGAAGAGGACGACAUCUCUGAAGAGGAGAAGCUUCGAGCGUUUGAUAGGACAACCUGGGACAAUCGAGAGAACGCGCUCGAGAACAUCCGCAACCCACCCGUUCUAUUCACCGAUUCGUUCCGAUGGACGCUACGCCAUGAGGAUAAUCCAACAGAAACUCUGUUCGCUGCAACUCCCCCGGACGGCGAGGAGAUGACGGCGGACAAACCAAGUGGAGCUGCCGCAACAAUGCCUGUGGAUGAUACCUCGAGCAGCGACGAUGCAAACGAGGACAAGAUGGCACGGCGCGAAGUCCCAGCCGGGGAUGAAUCUGGCAGCAGCGAUGAAGUGGCCCUUUAA